UUGUUCUUUUUAAAGGAUGCCUUCGUUUCCUCCAAAUGAGUCUUUUGUGAGCCUUCUUACUAGAGACUGUGAACCGGAGUGAGGGAUGUAAAGAGAGAAGGAAAGCCACCAGGAGCUUCAGCCAGAGGGGAGACCCUCCUCUCGUUGGAGGGGAGGGGGAUUUCCAGCGACACAUCACUGACUAAAGGACCUUUGCAGGAGAGGAGCCCUCCGAGGGAGCGGGGACUCCCACCUCCCUUUGUGGCACAGGAGCUAGAACUGCUGCCGAGUGGAGCAAGGGUCUGUGGGAGCUAGCUGUCAUGGACACGCCUGCUCCAGAGGAAUCCUGCCUCAGCUGACCUCCUCUCUAAGGACCCUGGAUCUGUGGUUCUGUCCAGUUCAAAAUGGCAGAAAAGGCUCCACCUGGCUUGAACAGGAAGACGUCCAGGUCGACGCUUUCUCUUCCUCCAGAACCUGUGGACAUUAUCCGAAGCAAAACAUGCUCUCGGAGAGUGAAGAUCAACGUGGGGGGCCUUAACCACGAAGUCCUGUGGAGAACUCUGGAUAGGCUCCCCAGGACGCGCUUGGGGAAGCUCCGGGACUGUAACACGCACGAGAGCCUCCUGGAGGUUUGCGAUGACUACAAUCUGAACGAGAAUGAGUAUUUCUUUGACCGACAUCCGGGAGCUUUCACAUCGAUUCUAAACUUCUACCGGACAGGGAAGCUCCACAUGAUGGAAGAAAUGUGUGCGCUCUCUUUUGGCCAAGAGCUUGAUUACUGGGGCAUCGAUGAGAUUUACUUGGAAUCCUGCUGCCAAGCCAGAUACCAUCAGAAGAAAGAGCAGAUGAACGAAGAACUGAGACGGGAGGCAGAGACCAUGCGCGAGCGGGAGGGAGAGGAGUUUGAUAACACCUGCUGCCCCGAGAAAAGGAAGAAACUUUGGGACUUGCUGGAGAAACCGAAUUCAUCGGUGGCUGCAAAGAUCCUGGCCAUCGUGUCUAUUCUCUUCAUUGUGCUCUCCACCAUCGCUCUGUCUCUCAACACACUCCCGGAGCUGCAGGAAAACGAUGAGUUUGGACAGCCCAGUGACAACCGCAAGCUGGCACACGUCGAGGCUGUGUGCAUUGCUUGGUUUACCAUGGAGUACCUUUUACGAUUCCUGUCCUCACCAAACAAAUGGAAAUUCUUCAAAGGCCCACUGAAUGUCAUUGACCUGCUGGCCAUCUUACCGUACUAUGUCACCAUCUUUCUCACUGAGUCCAACAAAAGUGUGCUGCAGUUCCAGAACGUGAGACGUGUGGUCCAGAUCUUCCGAAUCAUGCGCAUCCUCCGGAUCCUGAAACUUGCCAGACACUCGACUGGACUGCAGUCUCUGGGCUUCACCCUCAGACGGAGUUACAAUGAGCUGGGCUUAUUAAUAUUAUUUCUGGCUAUGGGGAUAAUGAUAUUUUCCAGCUUGGUGUUUUUUGCUGAGAAAGAUGAAGAUGCUACCAAAUUCACCAGUAUCCCUGCAUCAUUUUGGUGGGCCACCAUCACCAUGACCACUGUGGGCUAUGGUGACAUUUACCCUAAAACACUGUUAGGGAAAAUUGUGGGUGGCCUCUGCUGUAUUGCAGGAGUCCUGGUUAUUGCCCUUCCUAUACCCAUCAUUGUAAACAAUUUCUCUGAGUUCUACAAGGAGCAAAAACGCCAGGAGAAGGCUAUUAAAAGGAGAGAGGCUCUUGAAAGAGCCAAAAGGAAUGGCAGCAUUGUCUCUAUGAACUUAAAGGAUGCCUUUGCUCGAAGUAUGGAACUGAUAGACGUGGCGGUGGAGAAGGCUGGAGAGUCGGCUAAUAUCAAGGACUCUGUGGAUGAUAAUCACCUGUCUCCCAGCCGGUGGAAGUGGGCCAGGAAGGCUCUGUCAGAAACAAGCUCCAAUAAGUCCUAUGAGAAUAAAUACCAGGAGGUUAGCCAAAAAGACUCCCACGAACAGCUGAACAACACUUCUUCCUCCAGCCCACAGCAUCUGAGUGCCCAGAAGCUGGAGAUGCUAUACAAUGAAAUCACCAAGACACAGCCUCAUUCCCACCCAAACCCAGACUGCCAAGAACAGCCCGAGAGGCCAUCUACAUAUGAGGAGGAGAUAGAAAUGGAAGAGGUGGUCUGCCCACAGGAGCAGCUGGCUGUGGCACAGACCGAGGUCAUCGUGGACAUGAAGAGCACCUCCAGCAUUGACAGCUUCACCAGCUGUGCCACCGACUUCACUGAGACCGAGAGGUCGCCCCUGCCUCCCCCCUCUGCCUCUCACUUGCAGAUGAAGUUCCUCACUGACCUCCCAGGGACAGACGAGCACCAAAGAGUCAGGGCGCUUCCAUUUCUAACACUAAGCAGAGAUAAGGGGCCCGCUGCCAGGGAGGCCACACUAGAUUAUGCCCCGAUUGAUAUAACUGUGAACCUCGAUGCUGGGACGUCACAUGGUCCUUUGCAAUCUGACAGUGCCACCGACAGCCCUAAGAGCUCGCUGAAAGGGAGCAACCCCCUCAAGUCCAGAUCCCUCAAAGUGAACUUUCAGGAAAAUAGAGGCAGUGCACCCCAGACCCCACCCAGCACAGCCAGGCCACUGCCAGUAACCACCGCUGACUUUCCACUCACGACCCCUCAGCACAUCAGUACUAUCCUUCUAGAAGAAUCCCUGCCCCAGGGAGAGAGACCCUUGCUGGGUGCUGAUGCUUCCGCACACUGUCAGGGACCUUCCAAAGGGCUAUCCCCUCGGUUUCCCAAGCAAAAACUGUUUACUUUCUCUCCUAGAGAAAGGAGGAGCUUCACUGAGAUAGACACUGGAGAAGAUGAAGACUUCUUGGACCUCCAAAGGUCAAGACCAGACAAGCAAACAGACUCCAGUCCCAACUGCUUAGCAAAUGAGCCUGGUGAUGCCAGAAACCCAGUAAGAGAAGAGGGCUGUGUGGGCUCCUCCUCCCCUCUGAACACAGACCACAACUGUAGGCAAGACAAUUACCAGGCUGUGGGUGAAGUGAAAAAGGACAGUAGUCAAGAAGGGUACAAGAUGGAGAACCACUUGUUUGCCCCAGAAAUUCAUUCCAACCCAGGAGACACGGGUUACUGUCCCACUCGUGAGACCAGCAUGUGACUAGUUAUAAAAGCAAUAAAAAAAAAAAACUUGUUUCUAAUGCCAUUAGUAAUGCCAUGAACUAGAAUAUGGGAAACCCCUCGCCUAAAAAAACAGUGCAUAAAGUGUUAUUUUUGCAUGGCAUGAACAGCUUAGUUUAAGUACUGUUUAAAUAAAGAGUCAAGACUGCAUUUUGUAACAAACAGGACCGAAUCCAGUACAGCGAGCCAAUAAAGAGCUCUGUUAGGAACCAGCGCUCUGCGAUGUCUGACAUUUUUGAUUCUUUCAUUUCGAACUGUAGGCAGGUUUUUCCGGCUCUAACUUUUACAUAACCAUGAAUUUUAGGACGUGCACAUGGAAGGAUGACAUGCCGUUGCAUGUGUCCAUGCUUAUGGGGCGUAAGGUGCUUUGCCUUGCAAAAUGAAUAACUAUGUAAAUAGGCCUGGAUGCAAAAGUGUCAAGAGCGUAGGGACACAAGUUUCUGAGAGGCAGGUAUUUCCUUCCCAGCCGCUGCCUGGAGGAGCUGUCCAGACUUCCUGUUGCAAAUCUGCGACCUCUUCUUAACACACUUUGUGCAUCUUGCUUUGGAUUAUAAAGCUCUUAUGUUUGUUUAAAGGAAUACAGUAUUUUUAUUUAUUUGGGAGAUAAUUCAGAGGGUAUGUUUAUAUGUAUUUUUAUUUAUUUGGAAUAAAAUUCAGAGGGCAUUUUUUUUCCGUUUUGCUUUUGCUUAGUUGUUGCAUCUGUGCUGUUAAGUAUAAACCAUGAAAAGUAGUAAGAUUUAAUGACCAGAUAUUAAGCAUUUGGAAUUUAAGCUUGAACAAUUUGCCUAUAAACUAAAUACCAGGUCACAGACUAUUACAGAAAUUCAGUUUCCAUAAACUUCAAAGAGGAUAGAAGAUUCUAUCAUAAAUUUUUUUAAGAAUUCAAAUUGAUAUUCCACAUUUGGAAUUUAAUCAUCUUUAAAACAGAUGUAUUUUUAAAAAAAUUCUUUUGGCACUGCAAACAUGGCUGUUUUCCUCUGGUGUCCAACAUACAAGUUAAGAUUUGUCAAAAUGGAAAUUCCAUAAAAUGACUCUUGACAAACUAAAAGUAAAGCUCCCUUAAUUGACAGAGCUGGCCCCAAAACAAGUCAUCUUGUAGGAGCCCAGGUCUGGAAAUGAACCACUAGAUACUCUUCAGUAUAGAAUACAGGUAUAGGCUGACACUACCAGUCACAGAAGAAUGUUGCUCUUGCAGGCUUUGACCCUUCCCAAGCAGGGCCAGAGCGCUCUCAGUAAUUACAAUAACUAGACAGGCUCUCUCAGGUUUCCAGCUCCAGAACUCCCUAGAAAAGGUCAGGACUUUUCUUGCUGAAAGUCAUUUCUGGCAUUUUUCCUACGGAGCACAUUGAAUGCAAAGACACUGGACACUCACCUUGCUUUGUGGAAAUCAAAAGGUUCUAGUUCCUGAGGAGCAACUACCAGCCAUGCAGUGUCCAGAAUAACUCUACAAUCUCUGCUGAUAUCACCUGUACCCAAAUAAAAACAAAAACCAAAUUAUUUCUAAGUCCCCUUAAAAUUUCAAAUCAAUGAUUUCUCGUUUCCUGGCAACGUGCAGAUUUUGCCUCAGCCAAAUGCAUUCUGUGCAUGUGUGCUCAUGUGUGCUCAUGUGUGCUCAUGUGUGCUCAAGUGUGCUCAUGUGUGCUCAAGUGUGCAUACAGUGCAGGGAAUUGGGGAGACUAACAGGACAAACUAAAAACAAAGCUUAUUGUUUAAGGAAAAAACUCUAAAUUUUGUUCUUUUUUAAAAAGAAAACCAUUCAGGAAAAAAUAGCCCAAAUAUUUAAAAUCUAAUAUAAGUCUUUAAUAUUUCUAAAUUAAUAGCUUCUGGUCAUUAAAUCUCAGAUAAGAAAAUGAGUUUUGAUUUUUGUUAACAUCCAGGCAGUCCUGAUGUCAAAACUAAUUUAAAACAUUUCUUUGAUCCCAGUGUGUUUAGAAUUUCUUAAUGGUUUUCAUGUUUGUUUCAAAACAUAACCUUUAAGAGUGUAUAGUCAUUAUUCAAUGAUAUUUUUAUUAUGCAUACUUCUUUUCGUGUCUAAGGACUACAUGUUGAUCAGUUUUUGUAAAUCUAGAGUAUUUGAAUUUUCUAUAUAUAGUUUUUCAAAGUCAAGCAGGUAUAUCUAUUGUUAGAUGAAGAGCAAACAAGCUACAAAGAUCGUCUUCGUCAUACAGCCUCAUGAAGCAGUUGUUUUCUAACGGCUCCUAUCAAUGAAUCUCUGUUUUUUAUUCAUCUGGCUUCAUAAGUGGACUCAUUGCCUUGCCAUAUAACCACUGUCCGACUCUCCGUGUGUCUGUCAGGCUUUUUACUGAGAACCCUGCUCCAUCUGCUUAAGAUCAGGACCCUUACCCAGUCUCAAAGUCUCUGCUGUUUUCCUAGAGUCUUUCCCUGUCAUUCUAAAGGGUUCAUAGGAAGAUUUCUGUCUGUUUUGUUUUUAAGUCUUAAUGAAUUUUUUUUAAAAAACAUCCCUUUAAAGUCUCAUCCCUUGAGUUCUCUUAAUUCCUCUGAACCAGAAGUUUUCAGCUGGGAGAAACAAAAGAAAAGUUCCCUCCGGGAGAUCUUUGACUUUGCUAUUUCACACGAAGGAAUCUCCCAGAAUACACCUGUGAAGCCCUUCUACACUGCAGCAAAGGAUGCCUAACUCAGAGGAGACCGUGUCUGUCUGGAAAGACCUGGAUCCACCUAUCAAGUGCAGAGUUCUUCUGAAGUCUUUUAUGUUCUACAUUAAAGUUCAUGUCCAUGCUGCAACUUAUUCCAUGAUAUAUCUGUUUCAGUAUUUUUUUAAAUGCUGUUUUGUAUUAUUAAUCAACAGUAAAACUAACAGUCUUACGACUUCAAAUACCUCUUUUGUAUCCCUUGGAAAAUGCCACCCAAGUGUAAGAAGGCCUGCCUGAAUGGAAACCUCCUGGAAGGUUGUGCUUCCAAGAGUUUCACCAUUAGCUAGCUCAGUGACCAGGAGCAAAUGUGCCAAUGAAAGAGACUCUUUGAAAGGUCUCAAAAUAGCGUGAUCCCUCAAAUAGCUAAGCUCUUUCUGCUGGCUUUCUUAACCAGCAUAAAUUGUUACAAGAUGUUUUUAUCUCAAAGAUAAGAGCAUAGAAAUAAACCUGCAUUGGGUGUUGGGAUGGAGAUCAGUGGUAAAGUGCCUGCCUGGCAUGCACGAUACCCUCUUUAUUCCCCACCACUGCAGAAGACAAGAGAAAAGGGGAAGAAGAAAUGCGUUAUAUAUGUAGGUCCAUACAUACACCGAGUGGGUCCCUGAAACUGACUUAAUUACUCUCUAAACAUUUCACUACAAAGUCCCUCAGUCCGACACAAUCAGCGGCUCUGAAACAAGAUAUGAUCAAGCACUCUUGUGAUAAGAUUAGAUCUGAUGGUGACUAUGUGCCCAGUGUCGGUUCCCGUAUUCUCUUGUUAAUAUUCUUACUCUCAAGCUGGCCAUGAAAAUGUAGCAAUUUAUUUUCUCUUGAAAUUAGAAAGA